ACACUCCCAACUUCACUCUUCACUUCACAACUUCAGCUGUUGUCAGUUGUAGCAGUUUUCUCUGAAACCAUGGCCCAGGACAUGACUCUGCUGUGGGGCUCCGGCUCUCCUCCCUGCUGGAGGGUGAUGAUCGCUCUGGAGGAGAAGAAUCUGCAGGGCUACAACCAAAAGCUGCUCUCCUUUGAGAAAAUGGAGCACAAGUCGCAGGAAGUCAUGGACAUGAAUCCCAGGGGACAGCUACCUGCCUUCAAACAUGGAAACAGGGUCCUGAAUGAGUCUUAUGCUGCCUGCAUGUACCUGGAGAGCCAGUUCAAGUCCAAGGGAAACAAGCUGAUCCCUGAUUGCCCCAAUGAGCAAGCCCUGAUGUACCAGCGCAUGUUUGAGGGUCUCACACUCAACCAGAAAAUGGCGGAUGUUAUCUACUACAACUGGAAGGUCCCGGAGGGAGAGAGACAUGACUCUGCUGUAAAGAGAAACAGGGAGGUUCUGAGUGCUGAGCUCAAGCUGUGGGAGGGAUACCUGCAGAAGGGAUCAGGCUGUUUCUUGGCAGGAAAGAACUUUUCACUGGCUGAUGUGGCUGUUUAUCCAAGCAUCUGUUACCUCUUCCGUUUCGGGUUGUGUGAAGAGCGUUACCCUAAACUGGCAGCUUACUACAACAGUCUUAAGGACAGACCCAGCAUCAAAACCAGCUGGCCUCCUACCUGGCUGGAGAACCCACAGGGACAAGACACACUGAAAGACAUCUGAGAUGUUGGCACAUUGGAACUGUUCCUGUCAUGUUAUGUUAUGUGAUGUGUAACCACUCCUUCCAAUGCACUACUCUAUCUGGCAGCAUUUUUAAGAAAUACGCAUUUACUGUGGCUGUUAAUUUCCGAACAGAAAUUGUUUGUCUUAAACCGCAGAUUAUUCUUUUUGUGCUGUUAACAAAAGCUAUAAAAACUAACUCAACUUUG